AUGGUGAGAAAGAGGCGAACCGAUCUUCCUGGGGCUGGUGAGAGCUCUGAGUCUCAGCAAUCUGGUGGACAGCAAGGCCCGGAGCAAUUCCCUCCCAUCCAGCAAUCAUUCCAGCAGCCUCAACAACAAGGAGGUUAUCAAGGAGGAGGAAGAGGCAGGGGCUCACGUGGGGGAUAUGGUGGCCGUGGUGGUGGAGGUGGCAGAUUUCCCCAGCAACAGUAUCAUGGGGGAGCUUCUGAGUAUCAGCAGGGUGGGCCUCAGUACCCGAGAGGAGGGCCACCUGUCCAGCACCGAGGUGGAUAUGCCAGAGGCGGGCCACCCAGGCAACCAGCUCCCGAGCUGCACCAAGCUACCAGUUCUCCGCACCAAGGGGCAGGUCCAUCUCAACCAAAUCCAUACAGGAGGCCUGCUGAAGCACAUCCUGGCGCUGGGGUGACUUCUCAACAACCACAAGAGCCAUCCGCCUCUGCAGUGUCGGAGCAAAUUCAGCACCUCUCUUUGCAGCCAGAGGUGAACCCGAGCCAAGAAAUGCAACCGGCUUCGAGCAAGUCCAUGAGGUUUCCAUUGAGGCCAGGCAAGGGUAACAAUGGCAUCAAGUGUAUUGUGAAGGCUAACCACUUUCUUGCCCAGCUUCCUGACAAGGACUUGCAUCAAUAUGAUGUGUCCAUUACACCAGAAGUUUCAUCCCGUGGAGUAAAUCGUGCUGUUAUAAAGGAAUUAGUGGGUCUAUACAAGGAGUCCCUUCUUGGAAAUAGGCUACCUGUCUAUGAUGGUAGGAAGAGUCUAUAUACUGCCGGGGCUCUACCUUUUGCAUCAAAGGAUUUCAGAAUUACCCUCACCGAUGAAGAAGAGGGGCCGGGGGGUCUCAGGAGGGAAAGAGAGUUUAGGGUGGUGAUCAAGUUUGCCGCGCAGGCCGACUUACAUCAUCUAGGCAUGUUCUUACAGGGGAGGCAAGCUGAUGCGCCUCAAGAAGCCCUCCAGGUUUUGGACAUAGUUCUGCGUGAACUGCCUACCAGCAGAUUGUGCCCAGUUGGUCGCUCCUUCUAUUCCCCUAAUGUAGGCUCGAAGCAGCCACUUGGUGAAGGGCUUGAAAGUUGGCGUGGUUUUUACCAGAGCCUGCGCCCCACUCAGAUGGGGCUGUCACUAAAUAUUGAUAUGUCUUCCACUGCUUUCAUUGAGCCGCUCCCAGUGAUUGAUUUUGUAGUCCAACUUCUGAACAGGGAUGUCUCAGCUAGACCUUUGUCUGAUGCUGACCGUGUGAAGAUAAAAAAGGCUCUGCGAGGAGUAAAGGUUGAGGUUACUCAUCGAGGAAACAUGCGUCGGAAAUAUCGCAUCUCUGGUUUGACAUCACAAACAACAAGGGAACUAACAUUUCCUGUUGAUGAAAGGGGCACAUUGAAAUCUGUUGUUGACUACUUCCGGGAAACCUAUGGAUACGUCAUUCAACAUUCUCAGUGGCCAUGUCUGCAAGUUGGGAAUACUCAGAAACCAAACUAUUUGCCAAUGGAGGUGUGCAAGAUAGUCGCGGGUCAGAGGUACUCCAAGAGGUUAAAUGAGAGGCAAAUCACUGCACUCCUCAAAGUCACAUGCCAACGUCCCCAACAGAGAGAGCAUGACAUAUAUGAGACUGUAAGGCACAAUGCCUAUGCGUCAGACCCUUAUGCCGAGGAGUUUGGGAUCACAAUUAGCGAAAAUCUGGCCCAAGUUGAAGCUCGUGUUCUGCCCGCACCCAGGCUCAAAUACCAUGAUUCAGGUCGGGAGAAAGAUUGUAUGCCUCAAGUUGGGCAGUGGAAUAUGAUGAACAAGAGAAUGGUCAACGGUGGCAUCGUAAACAAUUGGAUCUGUAUUAACUUUGCUCGUAACAUACAAGACAAUGCUGCUGAUAAUUUUUCUUACGAGCUUGCUCAAAUGUGCAAUACGUCUGGCAUGGCUUUCAAUCCAGACCCUGUCUUACCAGUUUUGAGUGGCCGGCCUGAUCAGGUAGAGAGAGUUCUGAAAGCCAGAUUUCACGAGGUCAUGACUAAACUGCGGCCCCAGGGGAAGGAACUUGAUCUGCUUAUUGUUGUUUUACCCGACAAUAAUGGUUCUCUUUAUGGUGAUCUGAAACGUAUAUGUGAAACGGAUCUUGGAAUUGUCUCCCAGUGCUGUCUUUCCAAACAUGUUUAUCGUAUGAGCAAACAAUAUCUUGCCAAUGUGGCUCUGAAGAUUAAUGUGAAGGUUGGAGGGAGGAAUACUGUUCUGGUUGAUGCAAUAUCUAGGCGUAUACCAUUUGUUAGCGAUCGUCCCACCAUCAUUUUUGGUGCUGAUGUCACUCAUCCUCACCCUGGCGAGGAUUCUAGCCCAUCUAUAGCUGCCGUUGUUGCUUCUCAGGAUUGGCCAGAAAUUACCAAGUAUGCAGGCUUGGUUUCUGCACAAGCCCAUAGGCAAGAGCUUAUCCAAGAUUUGUACAGAACUUGGCAGGAUCCUGUGAAGGGGACCAUGCAUGGUGGCAUGAUCAUGGAACUACUUAUUUCUUUUCGCCGGGCAACUGGGCAGAAACCCCAGAGGAUUAUUUUCUAUAGAGAUGGUGUUAGCGAAGGUCAAUUUUAUCAAGUUUUGCUGUUUGAACUUGACGCUAUACGAAGGGCAUGCGCAGCGUUGGAGCCAAACUACCAGCCAACGGUUACAUUUGUUGUGGUUCAAAAACGCCACCAUACUAGGCUGUUUGCAAACAACCACAAUGACAAACGUUCGGUUGAUCGAAGUGGAAAUAUUCUCCCUGGCACUGUUGUGGAUUCCAAAAUCUGCCAUCCCACUGAGUUUGACUUCUAUCUUUGUAGCCAUGCUGGGAUACAGGGAACUAGCCGCCCAGCUCACUACCAUGUGCUGUGGGAUGAAAACAAAUUCUCAGCAGAUGCACUUCAGAGUCUAACUAAUAACCUUUGCUACACAUAUGCUAGGUGCACUCGCUCGGUUUCUAUUGUUCCGCCCGCUUAUUAUGCUCAUCUGGCGGCUUUUCGUGCUCGUUUUUAUCUCGAACCCGAGACUUCUGAUAGUGGCUCGAUGGCGAGUGGUGCCGGUAGAGGUGGCCGGAGUACGAGGCAACCGGGGGGUAAUGCUGCUGCUGUGAGACCCCUUCCACAGUUAAGGGAGAAUGUGAAGAGGGUAAUGUUCUACUGUUGA